UCAGAGUGUCAUCUGGACACAACUGAAGCAAUGAAACAACUGACCUAUUCUACAAACAUCUAAUGAUUUUUAAAAAUUUGACUUCAGGUCGAAAAAGUCAAAUUUCCAUUAGACAAAUACUGAUCUUGAUCAGAUUGAACAGAAUCUGAGCUAAACACACAACCACAGAUCAUCAGCACUGCUGGGAACAGAGAGACAGGAACCGAAAACACUUCCUGUAGCCAUGAUAUUAAAGACACUUUCUGUUAGAUUCGAGAGGCUUUGAAUGCAAUCACAUAUCAUCAUCAGCAGGAGCAGGAGGUUCCACUUUUAGAGCAAUUGGUGACUUUGUCAGUGGAAACAUGUACGAAUGUGACACAGAAUAUGAAGAUGAAAUCUGUGAUAAAGGAGAGGUGGUCAAAUUUGGAUCCAUCGCCAUCCCCAUUUUCUUCUCUAUUGUGAUCACACUGAGCCUCACAGGGAAUAUCCUUGUCCUCGUGAUCCUGGGUUGGUAUGAAAACCUCAAGUCUCUCACCAACAUUUUCAUCCUGAACCUGGCCGUCUCGGACCUCCUUUUCACCACCGGUCUCCCCUUCUGGGCCAUUUAUCACAUCUGGGGAUGGCUGUUUUCAGAUAUUGCCUGCAAAAUUGUGACUUUUAUCUUCUUCACGGGGUUUUAUAGCAGCGUCCUCUUCUUGACCAUCAUGACUAUCUACAGGUAUCUAGCCGUGGUCCACCCUCUUUCCGACCUGAGCACAAAGAGACUGAGCACGGGGGGCGUUGUGUCGGGCGUAAUCUGGAUAAUCAGUGUUGGAGCAGCCACUCCGUCGCUGCUGCACAGCUCCCUCAUCGUGAUUCACCACAGCGACUUGGACUCUGUGGGCUGUGAAUAUGAAACACCUCUGUGGAGAACCAUUUCUAUCUCACAACAGAACAUUUUCUUCCUGAUUGCUUUUGUGGUGAUGGCGUUCUGCUACAUUCAGAUACUGGCCAAAAUCAGAAACUCAAGGUCUCACACAAAGAACAGAGCGGUCAAGCUGGUGUUUUGUAUCGUGGCUGUCUUCUUUAUUGGCUGGGUGCCGUACAAUGUGGUCAUCUUUCUGAGGAUGUUAGAAGAAAAACUGCCCGAAGCCUUUGGAACCUGUCGAUCGAGCAUCCAUCUUGAUUACGUAUUCUAUGUGUGCCGGCUCAUUGCUUUCUCCCACUGCUGCCUCAACCCUGUCUUUUAUGCCUUUGUUGGUGUGAAGUUUAGAAGACAUUUGAAGUCGAUGCUGCAUCAAACGUUCGCUCGCCCAAGUCCAGUCGAGGAACAGCAGGUCAGAAUGCAAAAUUUCAUCUCACAAGGAUCACUGUACUAGCUGCUGCCAUUUUAUCCACUGCCCGCUGAAGAUCAAUUUGCAGACAAGUAGCACUUUGAAUUUAAAUCUGUCUGGUAAUUAAAUGCAUAAAUGCUAAAUGUUUGUGAUAAUACAGUAUGUAGUUUAAUGCAACUUAAAAUGUGACAGUAAUGUAAUUGCUACCACAAAUAUAUUGAUGUUUUUUCAAAUUUCAUGACAUAAUUAGAGACUGAAUUAAUACUGAAGCUGCUGUCAGUACAGUAUGUCUUUGUGUAUUAUGUAUUAUUUAAUUGUACAAUAUUUCAUUUUUAACCUUUCACACCCCAGAGGGAUCCAUGUUCCAUCCAGCUCUGUUCAUUUCUCAGGCGUCAAGUGUUUUACAGAAAAUGUACUGCAGAGUGUAAGACCAUUGUAUAUUCAUAAGACAUUAUUAAAGACUUUAAACUGUCAAAAAG